UAAGGUUUUCCGACACAUUAAUAGAAGGUGUCAUUUUGUGUUGAUUAUGAUUUGUUAAAAAAUUAAUUUACUUCUUUGGCAAUGGCACCCCUUCAUUUUCUGAACCGUUCCAAUUGACGACGACCUGUCGUUUUACCCUCAUCAGCUUCUUAGUAGUCUCUAUCCACUGCAGUGAGUGGUGCUAGGGUCUCGUCUCCUAUUUCAAUGGAGGAGAAGAUUUGCAGCGAGUUGAAGCUCACUAAGUUAAGGCAACAAAACUUCAGCCGAACUUUCAUUGAAAUUCACGAGCAAGCCUCUUCCUUUCUCUUACUCACUCUUCAAUGGAAAGAACUCCAAACUCACUUUGACUCCACUUUCAAUUCCAUCGAAGACUGCGCCAAAGAGCUUCACACGAAGGAACGGCAACUGGAGGAGAGAGAGAAGGAAGUUGAAUCGAAGUGGAAGGAGUUUGAAGAACGGUGCGAAGAGUUUAUAAAGUUGAGAGACGCGGAGGUUGAGGAGCAUUAUAAAGAGAUUGAAUUGAAGGAGAAGGAUUUUGAGGAACGGCGUCGAGAGGUUGAGUUGGAGAGGAAGAAGUUGGAGGAAAGGCGGAAGGAAGUUGAAGAGAGGGAGGAGUUGGUGAGAGAGAAGUUUGUUGAUGAGAUUGAGUUGAAGGAAAUUGAGGAAAGGCGAAAGGAAAUAGAAGUGGAAAGGAAGAAGCUUGUCGAAGGGAUAAUGUUGAAGGAGAAGAAAAUUGAGGAAAGGCAAAAGGAAAUUGAAGUGGAAAGGAAGAAGCAACUCAAUGAAGGGUACAUGGAAGUUGCAUGUGUGAAGUUGAAGUUAGGGGAACAACUUAAAGAGUGUGAAUUGAAGGAGAGGUGGCUUGAGGAUAGGGCUUUGGAGAUUGAAUUGGAGAGGAAGAGAAAUGUGGAGUGUUUUGAAGAGCUUAAAUUGAAGCAAGAGGAAGUUGAAUUAGGGGCCAUGAAAUACAAGAAGUUGAUAGAGGAGCUUGAAUUGAAAGAGAAACAAUUUGAUGAAAGGUGCGAGGAAGUUGAAUUAGAGAGAAAGAAGUUAGUUGAAAAGCUUGAAUUGAAGGAGAAGCAACUUGUAGAGCAGCAGAAAGAAGUUGAAUUGGAAAACGAGAAAAUUAAGAAAUUUUUUGAAGAGCUUGAGUUGAAGGAGAAGCAAGUUGAAGAAAGGCGCCUGGUAGUUGAAUCGGGGAAUAAAAAGUUUGUUGAAGGGGCUGAAUUGAUGGAAAAGCAACUUGAAGAGCGGUGUACGGUAGUUGAAUCGGAAAAGAAGAAACUUGAGGAACAGUCCAAGGAGAUUGAACUGAAGGAGAAGCAUCUUGAAGAGCAGUUGAAAGAAGUUGAAUCGAAAGACAUGAAAAACAAGAAGUUUAUGGAGGAUUUUGAAUUGAAAGAGAAACAAUUUGAUGAAAGGUGCAAGGAAGUGGAAUUGGAGAGAAACAAGUUAGUUGAAAAGCUUGCAUUGAAGGAAAAGCAACUUGUAGAGCAGCAGAAAGAAGUUGAAUUGCAAAUCAAGAAAAUUAAGAAGUUUUUUGAAGAGGUUGAGUUGAAGGCGAAGCAAGUUGAAAAAAGGCGCCUGGUAGUUGAAUUGCGGAAUAAAAAGUUUGUUGAAGAGGUUGAAUUGAAGGAAAAGCAACUUGAAGAGCGGUGUAAGGUAGUUGAACUGGAAACGAAGAAAUUUGAAGAACAGUCCAAGGAGAUUGAAUUGCAGAAGAAGCAUCUUGAAGAGCAGUUGAAAGAAGUUGAAUUGGGAAACAAGAGGGUUUUGGAACAAGCUAAAGGGCUUGAGUUGAAGGAGAAACAGCUUCUGGAGCGGUUUAAGGAUCUUGAAAUGGAAAUUAAGAAGUUCAUGGAUAAAUCUAGAGAACUUGAAUUAAAGGAGAGAAAACAUGAAGAACUGUGUAAGCAACUAGACGAGAAACGAUUUGUUGAUAAUGGUAAUACCCAUGUGAAGAUUGAGACACCAGAUGAUUUUGUGGUUAAGAAUGCUACAGAUGCUAAUCUCCGUCAUUUGCUGACUAUGGAUGGAAAGGCCUUGCAAAUAUUCUUAAAUAAGUCUCGAAAAUAUGACGAGAAGAUAAAAAAUGAAGUUCUUACCGCUCUUGGACUAUCAUCGGAUCCAGCAAAGCUUGUUUUGGAUGCAAUGGAAGGGUUUUACCCACCUCCUAUCUCGAAGGGUGAUGUGGUCUACAAUGGGAUUGUGGUAAAAAAGAGUUGCAACCUUUUGCUGGAGCAAUUAAUGGCAUUGUCACCACCAAUCAAGCCACAUGUGAGAGAAGCAGCAAGAGAGCUUGCGUUUGAUUGGAGGACCAAAAUGAAAAAGGAUCGUUAUUUAGAGGUUUUAGGAUUUUUUAGGCUCUUGGCUUGUUAUGGACUGGCCUCUGUCUUUGAUGCUUGUGAACUAUUCAAUGAUUUGGUGACUGUUGCUCAAGAUAGGCAGACCCCUGAAUUCUUACGUGUCCUUGGUUUAGUAGAUGAGGCCUUCCGUUUUAUUCAAACUCUCAUCAACAAGAAACAAUAUAUUGAUGCUAUUAAUUUCAUUUAUGCAUUUGAGCUGGUUAAGGAGUUCCGGCCUGUACCUCUCUUGAAAAAUUACUUGAAGUAUUCCAAGAUUGUUGCAAGAAAUUUUAGGAGGAGCAACAAAUCAGUUGAAGCACUGAUUAUGUCCAAAGAAAAAAGAGUUGCUGAUUUGAGGGCUGUAAUUAAAUGCAUUGAAGAUCACAAACUUGAAUCUGAACUCUCACCUAAGUUCCUCCAGGAACAAAUAGCAUACUUGGAAAUGGAAAUUUCAAAUAAGAAAGCAAUGUUGCUAGUUGAAGGCUACAGUUCUCAGAUCCCAAUUUUGAAUGAGAAUAAAUGUUCAGUGCCCAAAUCCACCUCCACUGCAAGCACUGCCCUCAACACCCUGACAGCUGCCUCCACCACUAUCAUACCUGCCCCUACUGCUCCCAUCACUGUCACCUCCUCAUCACCAACCACUGCAUCCACAGCUACUCCAGCUGCCGCCACCACAAUCACCUCCCCCUUUUCAACCUCUGCCUCCACUGCUACUUCAAUCCCAAACACCUCUCCCAUUCCUGCCCCAACUUCCCCUGUGAGAUUUGCCCCCCCUUCCCAAACCACUGUACUGCCUUCAGCUACAAUCUCCAAGAGUCUAGCACAACAACAUUGUGGAAAUAAGCUCCCUCAACCACAACACCAGGGUGGAGACGAGCGCCCUCAACUACAAUACCAGGGUAGAAAUAAGCGCCCUCGAAUAGCUUUCUCAUCCGAAGCACCUCUACAACCAUCAUCGUUUGCAAACCCUAACAUUGUACACUCGCUGCAAGCCCCUCAUCAACAACCAGUUCACUUUUUUAUGAAUCAAGGUGCAUCAUAUUUGAACUCCUCAGCUGGACAUUAUUCCUUGACUGGGCACCAGCCCAUAGACCUGCAGAUGAACUACAAUUACAACAAUGUAAAUUCAUAUUAUCAUUCGAACACAUUGGGAGCACCUGGCUAUGGUAAUGCCACACCCUUUCAGAGACGUUAGAAGCUUCUCCCUUCGGGUUGAUUUGAUGAAACCAUGAAAUCAGUGGAAUGCUUUGUGAAACUUAUGGCAACAUAGAGACAGGUUUGAGGAGAUUGAAGUGGGAGAAAAUAAUUUCUUUAAAGCACCAUUGUCAGUAAACUACCUGUUGAGAAACUUUGAAACUUCAAAUUACAGUGGAUGCAGAAAUUUGCAGUACUAGAGUGAAUAUUUGAAGGGUGGGAUGAAAAUGAGCUUGAACGAAUAGAUAACAGGUUUGAAAAUUGAGCAUAAGAUGUAGAAGCUUAAUUUAGUGCUUGUCUUUGAUAAUCUUAUAGCUAGUUAAUGUUAUUCAGAGACUCUGAUACCUUCACUGAAGAGUGCAGCAAGUGUAGAAGAUGGUAACUCUAUGUUGGUGUUGCUUGACAUGAUGUUGAUAGUGUCCGUUACGCAUAAUAUUCUAUCAGCUUGUACAGUAAGUUGUAUAUAAUCAAUUUGAUACUCUAGUUACCUUACUAAGGAGCUUGAGGAUAACAAAUUCACUAAUCACCUUUUGGUUUCCAAUUUUCUGUCCUCUGUAGAAAUGUAUCUGGAAUUGAUUUUGCACCUCUAGCAUUUUGUUUGUUUCUGGUACAAAAAAUUUGUGAAUUUGGAGCUAAUGAGACUGUAUUACAUUAAAACCUGGAUUGUAUUGAUCUGUAGUUUUUUUAUUUCUGGGAUGGAGAUGUUAACAAUCCUGUGAAUGGUGAUGACUUGCUGGAGUUUUGAAGUCGCCCUUAAGAGCUUCCGACUAUCUCUGUUGCCAGAGUAUUAUGUUCUGUUGUCUUGUGUUGUGUUAUUAUUCAAUAUGUUCUGAUUGUUGCAUGAACAGCUGCCUCUGUUUCUCUCUGUUUUUUCUUCAACAACUUGGUUAUUUAAUAUUUUGGUGCUAUCAAUAAUAUGGACAUGGUCUUUUGGCUUAAAAAGAAAAAAAUGGAUUACAUUGAACUGAUGAUUGUUUGUUGUACUUGCUUAUGGAUACAGCAAAAGAGGCUGGUGUUUCAGUUGCAUUUUGCUUUGAAGCUGGUAAAGGUUGUCUUUCCCCAAAUAGUUUUGCAAUGAGGAUUGCAGGUGCAAUAAGGCUUCAACUGUGGGUAUGCAGAUCUCUUCUCACCACCUGCUCCCGGUGUUGGGACAGGGCUGAAACAGGAGGGCCGCCGCCUAAAGUGCGAAGAUAAAUAAUGUGGAGGUGGAAAUAUCCAGCUUUGUGAAAAAGGAAACUAUAGCUGGUUCGCCAAGCAUAAUAACAGGGGCAUUUACUGGUGUCCCAGUCUUUGCAUUGACAUGAGGUAGCCAUGGGGGCAUCAUGUGAGUUUAAGCAAUGUGGGUGAGAUACCGAGCCUGGCCAACGGCUGAAACGAGCAAAGCUGUGGUCAUGCCUGCCGACGCACACAAAGCAACAAAGUACUUUGCCCGGUUCAAACCAACAUAGUCAAAUGCUGAAGAAAAUGCAGCUUCUCCAUCAAGCUGCUUGUUUGGUACCAGUAGGCACAAUGUUGCUGCUAGCAAACAACAUGGCACUGUAACUAUUGUCAUUGAGCCCACUAGUCCGAUAGGGAUUAUCUCGAGCAGGAUUUUCGGUUUCUUCAACCAUUGUGGAAACAGCAUCAAAUCCAACAUGAGCAAAGAACAGCGCAGCCGAGCCAACAAAAAUAACACCGACAUCAUAUGGCAUAAAUGGUUUGUAGUUUUCUGCAUCUGCUCUAGCAAGGCCAGCAAUAAUGAUGAAGACAAUCACUACAACGUGCACAAUGGAAGUAAUGUAAUUAAAUCACGACGAGCUUUGGUGCUACGCACAGCAAGAACGCCAGUAAGAAUAGAAACAACAACAGCAAUAGGGUCAAGGUGGCCGUGGUCAUCAGGAUGGCUGUAGGCUAUAAUCCAGAACUCACUUAGUGUAAUGUUUGUGGGUUUAGUAAACAGGUUUUAAGGUGGGAAGAUUAUUAUCUUUAAAAUAUUAAUUGUUUCUAUUAUAUUUGCUAAAUUUAUAGACAACAACUUACUUUUAUAA